AUGAAUUCUACUCGUCCUCCCGUGCUAGUCGUAGGCGCUGGGCCAGCAGGUCUGGUAGCAGCGUUAACCCUCCUCCAGAACGGUAUACCAGUUCGCAUCAUUGACAAAGAUCCCAACCCUCGAAUCGGACAGCGUGGUCCUGGAAUCUGGCCACGCUCCUUCGAACUCUUCAACUUCCUGAAUGUCCCAGAAGUUAACGAGCUGGCGAAACCCUUCCCCACAAUCCGUUCCUACAAGCACGGGACAAUGGAAUUUGCCACAGAAUCUUUGACGACCCAGCAUGUGGAACCUACCCCUACGAUACCAUUCCACGUUCCAAAGCUGAUAGGUCAGCAACUCCUAGAUGUGAUUUUGCGACGCCACCUAGAGAAAUUCUCGUGCUCUGUCGAGAUGGGCACCGAAUUGCGUUCGUUCGAGCAGUCCGAUGAAGGUGUCACGGCUGUUCUAUCAAAGAGCGGCAUAUUGGAGACUUUCAAUACUAAGUGGAUGAUCGGUGCUGAUGGUGCUAGAGGCAUCGUGCGUAAACAGCUCGGGCUUACAUUCUUGGGCGAGACUAGAGACGAUAUCCGAAUGGUCAUGGGAGAUAUUCGUUUACAUGGCGUUGGUCUUGAUAGGGAAUAUUGGCAUCGGUUUGGGACCUUUAAGCGAGGCGUCUCAUUGCGCCCAACAGACGAAAUUGGCGAGGAUGGCUGGCAAUUUGUCAUCAUUGACAAUGAUCUGGACACGACAAAGGUCGCUCAGAGCGAAGAGCUGAUCUUCGAGAUCAUUGCAUCAGCGAUACCUACUGAGAUUACGUUCAAAAAGCUCGUCUGGGUGAGCGAGUUCAGUGUGUCUUAUCUUGUUGCAUGGAUGCGUUUCCAAUGUUCAUUUGUUUACUUCAGGGCCAACAUCCGCAUGGUAAACAAGUUCAGCGAGGGCCGAGUUUUUGUUGCGGGCGAUGCUGCUCACGUCCAUAGUCCAACCGGUGGUCAGGGACUCAAUUCAAGUAUACAGGAUGCUUUCAAUCUAGGUUGGAAGCUUGCGCUCGUCGAAAAGGGACUCGCCGACAAGUCUCUUCUUGAGACGUAUAAUGCCGAGCGUCUGCCUGUCAUCUCCGAGAUGCUUGAGAUGACCACCACGAUUCUCCACCAGGCAUUAAAGACAGAUAGCAUGACCGCCGCACGAACCCCCAUCCUUUUCAUGCUUGGUAUCAAUUACCGAUUCAGCGACAUCGUUCUCGACGAGUUUGCAAUCCCAGGGAAGCCUAUUAAUGCGUAUGGAGUGCUUGACGAGGAGCACCUAGAGGCUGGAGACCGGGCACCUGAUGCACCAAAUCUGGUCCAGGUGGGAGCUGGAGAAUCCGACGUGAAGACACUUUUCAGUCUCUACAGACCUUGGUAUCACACUGUGCUUGUGUUCGCACCAAGUCAUGCAGAUGCUGCCCCGAUCUUGGGUGCGCUGGAGGCAUAUGACACAAGCGUUGUGCGAUCGGCAGUCGUUCUGCCUUCAUCCGCAUCAGUGACGCCUGUUGCAUCCCCUGCUGACUUCGGUUUUGUUGAUCGGGAGGGCUAUGCUUGUUCGGCUUACACCGUGGAAGCUGGCCAGACGAGAGUGUUUGUGAUACGGCCGGACGGAGUGAUCGGGGCAAUCGUACAUGGUACAGAAGGCGUGAAGAAGUAUUUCUCCGGAAUAUUUUUGGAUGUUUAGUUCUUUUUGCUUGUGCCCUUACAUCUCAACUCGUUCGUAUUUUACCAUCAACGUAGUUGUUAAGUAGCGUAGAGAUCAUUGCUUUGUUUCCGCUUUCUCUAGGAGUUGAAAGCAGGUCGGUGGUUCGUAUAGACAUCUUUUCCUUGUAACUACACGCAUAAUGUUGUCAGCAGUGUAUCUAUCGUUGGACAAACAAUCAAAG